AUGGCUGACGUCCGGUCAUUACUACGAAGCGAGCUUGCGUCCCGGCAAGCCCCUGCCCAAAGUGGGAGUGGGAGUCGGGUGACGAAGAAGAGAAAAGUCGAGAGCGGCGACGGGGUUGUGCGGAAGAAGCUGAAGCCUACGGAGACACAAGAGGAAUUGCCGGCCUCCGAGGAGCGAGUGCAGCCGCCAGGUGCACAAGAAGCAAGCCGGGAGGAAGAAGAGGAAGAAGAGGAGGAUGUCGACGACUCCGAGAAAGACGUCGCGGGUCCGGACCUUCCGUCAGAGCUGGAACAUGAGCAGACUGCCGUGUCGCCGAGGGGAGCAGAGGCUACGAAACCAAUAGCACAGACAGCUGAGGCUGUUGCCGAGACGACACAGCCCAUCGACGAGGAUGAAUGGGCUGCGUUUGAACGUGAAGUGGCGGCGCCGACGCGUGCUCCGCAGGCCCCGGCUGCUGUUACGGCCGCCGCUACGAUCUCCGCCGCCCCCGUGUCAGCAGAGGAACUGGCUACACAACAGCAGAACGACAAGGAGAACAUGAUCCGAGCUCGCGAGGCCGAGGCCGAGGGGGAGCGAGAGGAUGCCGCACGGUUCCUAGAGGAAGAGUUUGACGAGAUGGAAGAGCUGGAGCAGCGGGUACGACGACUAAAACAGCUUCGCGAAGAUCUGAGGACCAAAGGGGCGGAAAUCGGUUCGACAGAUUCAGCCGUUCAGCCGUCGAGAAAAGACGCCAAGCCAGACAGCGACAAACGUACCCCUGACGAAGAGGACGAUGACAACGACGACGACGACGAUGAUGACGAUGAUGAUGGUGAUUGGGACGAUUGGAGAUUCAAGUGA